UAGUCAUAUACGUGCUCUUGAAAUAAUGAAGGAAACAAAAGAAUAUGAGACAGCAAGAUCCAAACAACUACAAUCAUCUGAAGCAGCUGUGAUAGGGGCAAUGAAGAAUGUAGCCUUUAUGGCUUCCCAUGAUCUUCCCAACAGUAUAAUGACUGAUCUAAACGAACUCUGUAAAGAGCAGGGAGCAUCCCAUCUGAAGUCUCUGAAGUGUGAUGACCAUACAUCAUAUGAACAUAAUUCGUCUGUGAGUGAAUUUCAGAAGGCAAUUUCAGAAGUUAUUACUGAUGAACUUGUUGAUGCAAUUAAGAAAUCACCCUAUUUCAGUGUAACUUUAGAUGAGUCCACAGACAUUGGUGUGAAACAAAACUUGAUUGUUUAUGUCAUGUAUCUUGUGAAAGAAAAGGGUAAAAUGAUAAGUAAGAAUGAUUUUGUAGGUAUUGUUCAUUUAGACAAAGGUGCCACAGCCCAGAACAUUUUUGAUGCAUUAAUUGAUCUUUUAACCAAGAGAGGUAUAGAUUGUACUAAGUUAGCUGGUGUAGCAACUGAUGGAGCAGCAGUUAUGACAGGGAACAAGUCUGGAGUGGUUCAGAGAGUAAAAACCCACAAUCCUGGUGUAUUGUCAGUUCACUGUAUAGCUCACAGGCUUGCACUUAGUUCAGGUGGUGCAGCCGACAGUAUUAUGUACCUUGUCAAGUUUCAGGAAAUUGUUAAUGCAUUGUAUAAAUACUUUGAAUACUCUCCUAAACAUGCCAAUUGUUUGAAAGAUAUGCAGGUUAUUCUAGAUCAGAAGCAGAAAUUGAAGUUAAAACAAAUAUUUCAUACCAGAUGGCUUUCAUUUGAUGGUGCCUUGCAAGCUGUUAUUUGUAAUUACAGUAGUUUGUUGUCUGUAUUGUUAGCUGAUAAGAGUGCAAAAGCUGCAGGUCUUGUAAAGUCUUUGUCAACUUACAAAUUUUUGUACACAGCACAUUUUCUGUCAGAUGUCAUGCAUUACCUUUGUCGCCUGAGUAAAUCUUACCAGUCAUCAGACAUAAAUUUCACUUCUGUCUAUUCUUUGCUUGAGAAUACAAUCUGCAAGAUUAAAUCUCUUGAAAAUGGCUCUGGAGAAAACAUUACUGCCUUCCUCAAGUCUGUUCCUAAUGCCCCAGUUGAGUCCGAUAUCCAAGGUAUUUUUGAAUUUGAAUUUGGAAGUCAUUUAAUUAAAGAUUCUGAAAAGCAGAGGAAGGAGGCCAGAGAUAUUUGUAUUCAAUUUUGUGAAAAAGUUCAAAACAAUCUAAAAACAAGGUUUGAUCCAACAGGUGACAGUGCUGUCCUUACAGCAAUUAGUAAUGUUUUAGACCCCAGAGUCAUUGCCAAGUUAGAUGAAGCAGAUUUCAGACAGAAAAUAGAAACAGAAGUGAAUGUUAUUUCUGGUUUUUUUAAGAAAACAAAUCCUGAAAGCAACCUUCAUUCAGAAACUUUUGAUUUUUUUGACUUUGUAAAGUCCAAUGACAGGAGAUUCACUUUAAUGAAUAGUGUAGAUGACAUGUGCCAGUAUGCCAUCACAGAAAAUGUGCUGUUCCCUGGGCUUGCUGAUGUAGCCCUUAGGUUUCUUGUUACCCCUGUCUCAACUGUAGAUUGUGAGAGGGGGUUCAGCAGACACAAUUUGAUAAAAACAAAAACAAGAAAUUGUCUUAAAACAGAAACUGUUGAAAACCUUAUGAUGAUUUCCAUAAGGAAGCCUGCUUUUGACUUCCCUUUCCACUUAGCAUUUAAGAAGUGGGUGGAUGUCAAGAAAAGAAGGAUAAUAUAAACAUUGUGUGAGAAAGAAACUGUUCAAUGUAGCAUCAUUGUUAUAUUUGUCUGUGAAAUGUGCAUUGUAAAAGGUUGAAAUGUUAAUUUACUCAUUGUGAAAUGUUCAGAUUGAAACUGUAUACAUGUAUGUGCUUGUAGUUACUGAAGCAUUAUAAUGAUUAUUGUCAUUCAUAUAAUGCUUAAAGGAAACUUAUGUGCUUAAUGCCUUAAAUAAGAUUGAAGGUAUUGAAAAUGUUAAAUGUAUUUAAAAGAUAUAACUAUCAAUACUUAUUGUUAUUGUUCCUCCAUGAUAUAUUUAUAUGAAAACAUGAUGAAAAUAAAAUUAUUACAUAAGCCAACAGUGUAUGUUGUCAAUCACAGCACCAUUAAAAAAAGUCCGUCGCAGUUUUGGCUAUAAUUUUUUAAAAUGUUAAAAUGUUGGCUAUUAUUUUUACAAAGCCAGUGUGAGCCC